UUUUUGUUGAGUUGGUAUAAAAAAUGUAAUUUCACUUAUAUUUUCAAGAAUGUUUUUCAACCCCUCUUUGGUUAAUUGUUUCGAGACAAAGUUCCGAACUUGUAUUACACUCAAAUACUUGUUUGACUAUACUUGAGAGUAAAACCUAUUUCAAUAGUUCAUCAUGAGUGAACAUUCUUUACCUUGAAUACACAUUUGAAUUUUAAACAGGCUGUGCACAAACCCUAAUUUAUAACGUUUUUUUAACUAUUUUUUUUCCAAAUGAUUUGAGUAACCAUAUUCAUCCAAAAAUAUUAUUCACGAAGUUUCCGGUAUACAUUUAACCAGAAGUAGAUUUUAAUGUACAUUGCACAUUUUAUUGUUUUAUAAAUAUCACACAUGAAAAUUACAAAAUCUUAAAAUCCAUGAGCAUUGUGACUGUGUUUACACUCACACGCGUGUAUAUCGCACACAGACACUUAUACACACAAUCGAUUACUAUUGUCUUUGUAACGAACAAAGUGCCGUAUUUGUGAUUAGGUAUUACGUUGUCCCAUAAGAAAUUUUGUUUUUUUCACUUGACUAUAAUAUUCCCUCUUAGCCGUACCAUUCAUUUUGUUUGCUCAGUAUUAAUCACUAGGUUCAACCGGUCGGCACACCCAAGAUAAAGAGAACCAAAUCAAAUAAACCGUCGAAACGCUGACAGUAUUACAAUAUUCUAUGUAUUAACGACACUUGAACGUUAAAUACAAUACUAUUAUGGUAUUACCAUGCGCGCGUACACAAGACUUACACAAGAGUUAGUUUGGCCACUGACUAUAUCUCAACCGGGUUAACAGGACGUCCAAAGUACGAGAGCAUAACACCUUCGUCGUCGCCUUAUUCUCCAUCUUCUUUUUCGCUAACUACUUUUCCAUUUUGCCUUCGACGGCUAUGGUGUUCGAAAUUUAAACGUUUAUUGUGCUAUAAAUUAAUAUUUAUUGUCGUCAUUAUCGUUUUAAAAAUCUAUCUAUGCGCCUCGUCGAUCUUGGUUAAUCUAAUUUCUAGUGCUCAACUCGUGUACAACGUACCGUGACUUCGUCGCUCGCCAAUCGCCAAAGUCGUGUCCGUCCGUUCGCCCAUCCAUCCGCCGUGAAUCUGUAGAACUGGUGCCGGAACUCUAAGUUCGUACAUCCACGACGUCAAGCUCAUGAGACCCGAUUGGCCAGCAUCCCGGAACCCGAUCGACAUGUUACACACGCUAAACGCGUUGGCCGCCAAAUUAUCACCAACGCAAGUCCAGAACGUCGACGGCAACGCCAAUAGGAUAGCCGUCGCUGCAGCCGCAGCCGCCACAGCUCUUACCACUUUAAACGGCAACAGUGAUAUAGAAAUGGCCAUCCCUACCCCAUGUGCGUCCACGGCCGAUGGCAGCAACGACGCCGAACAACCGGAAACCGACUACAUAAAAAUGUUUGUAGGCCAGAUACCUAGGGCGAUGAAUGAGCAGGACCUAAUGGACAUGUUCGGUGAAUUUGGUCGAGUGUACCAACUGAACUUACUGAGGGACAAGUUCUCGGGAGUCAGCAAAGGAUGUUGCUUCGUAACAUAUUAUACGAGAAAAGCUGCUCUCGAUGCUCAAAAUGCUUUACACAACAUCAAGACGCUACCAGGGAUGCACCAUCCGAUACAAAUGAAGCCCGCUGACAGUGAAAAUCGAAGUGGUAAGUACCUUUAUAUAAUAUGUAUAUAAUAUACAUUGAAAAUCGUUUAAAAAUUACGUUAAGUUAUUUGUCAAUUCCUUUUUUUCUUUUGUUUGUCUUUAUUA